GUUCGUUUCUAAACAUAAGUUUUUAUUUACAGUGAUAAAGCACUCAUGCGGGCUACUCACACAACUGCGUAUCUUAAGCUUGCACGCGAAACGGGAACCUCCUUUGUUACCGUCUAUCAUAUCCAUAGCCGCAAGAAAAUGACAGCAUCAAAAGCUAUUCACUCUACACAAGCUCCACGUACCGAGCAGUGGGAGCCUCGUGGCCAACCACAGCCACAUUCAGGUCCGAAGUCAACGGACCAUCAGCCACGACAGGCUCAAGAGGAGCGACGGGGACCGUCACAGGGGCAAAUGGUGCAGGCGGUCGCAUUCCCAUCUCCAGUGCCCUUGGUGGACAUCGGUAUAAACCUGGUGGACCGCUCUUUCCAAUCGGACAUCGAUAACGUGUUGCAGCGGGCGCGGGAGGCGAAUGUGCGGGGCCUCAUCGUGACAGGAACAUGUGUGCGAACCUCCACCGCGGCCGCGCGGCUGUGUGACGCCAAGUCCCGUGAGCACCCGCUGUUCUUCACCGCCGGUGUGCACCCGCACAAUGCCAAGCAAUGUACCUCCUCCACCCUAGAUGAGCUCCGCCGCCUAGCAUCUCACCCGCGCUGCGUCGCCAUCGGCGAGUGUGGACUCGACUUCAACCGCAACUUCAGCCCCCCGGACGUGCAGGAGAAGUGGUUUGAGGAGCAGGUGCGGCUGGCGAAGGAGCUCAAGCGGCCGCUGUUCCUGCACUGCAGGGACGCCUCGGAGCGCUUCACAGCCAUUCUCAGUCGCCACAUGCCGCUGCCCGCUCCUGCCGUGGUGCAUUGCUUCACGGGCUCCCGGACCGAGCUGGAGGGCUUGCUGGCGUUGGGCGCGUACAUCGGGAUAACCGGCUGGAUCUGCGACGACCGGCCCGAGCGCGGCGGCGCCGAGCUGGCCUCCCUGCUACACCGAGUGCCCCGGGAGCGGCUGAUGAUUGAGACGGACGGCCCCUACCUGGUCCCCAGGUCCAUCAAGCCCAGCAAGGCUCGUCCGGGUCGCAACGAGCCCGCGCUGCUGCCGCAUGUGCUGCAGGCGGCAGCAGCCGCUCUGGGCGUCAGCCCCGAGGAGCUGGGUCGCUCCACAACCGAGGUGGCCUGUCGGGUGUUUGGCCUUCCGAGGCAUGAGCUGG